GACAUCACACACGGAACCUGCUCACGAAUCUUGUCUAAAUGUUACACCACGGUCUCUAACUAAGUACAGAGAGAGAGGAAGGAAAAGUUUUAAGGAAAGUUCGGUAACAGAAAUUUUCUUUACUAGAAUAUUUUUCGGUGUCGCGUUUAUUCGAGUGAAGGGAAAAUUGUGUGGUUCAACACAAUUUUUGGUUGGUUUUCUUUCUUUCCUGGAAAGUAAAGUGUGUGAUUGCCGCGCGCCAUUUGCGUGAAAGUUCGCUCGGUUCGGUUUGAGGAGAAUCGACGUCGUCGCGCUGUGCUUUUCAAUUGCCGUGGAAAGCUGAAGAAUUUUCGCGAAGAUUUUCUUUGGUCUGUGAAACCCGGUUGGUUUUAGUUUUGAAAAUAGGUCGUUUCAGUGAUUGUUUGGUCGUCUCUUAACGGAUACUCCCUCUAGAUUGCUGAAGACGGUUCGGGGUACGUGAUUGCGUACACGAAAAACCACCCACCUCCUCGAUAUCUUCCCUUGAAUUCCCCAUCCUCCCUCCUUGGAAAAAUAGUCAGGAAAAAUCCCCAUUUUGAAAGCUUAGAGCUCCUGUCCGCAACGAAUAACCUCAAAUUUAUAAACGGAAAAAAAUAUCCAACAACGAAUCCAAAAGUCCAUCAUCCCUCAACCGGAAGUGUUCCCUCUCGAAAGGUCCCGGGGUGCAGAAUUGAAGCAAAAAAAAGAGGCCAAUCCCUGCCAGUGUGAAGCAGAACGAACCCGGAAGAUCGAGAGAACCCCACAACUACUAGCAGCACGCGACGACGACGUCCGAGGCGCAAGCAAACGCAAGGUGCCAUCGAACGAACGGGCCCAACCCUAUUUCCUGUCAUCAUCCAUCCGUCAGCAAUCGCCGGAUCAGCAUCGCCAGAUAAUUCAACAUCACCCGAAUAACAUCGCAAUUGGAGGCAAAUAAUUAUUGAUCUAAUCAAAAGGUUUCAGCUCCCAAUAUCCCGUCGUCAUCAUCAUCAGAUCAUCGAAAAAAACUUUAAAGUUUUUCACCGUAGCUCGGAAGCAUUAUUCACGAAAUCAAAAUCAAAGAAAAGGGUUUUGCGUUCACAAAACGUGACUUGUCUCGAAAGCAAUAGGCAAAACUUAACACCCAUAGGAAGGUUUGGAAACUUUGAAAAUCGCGUGUGAGAGUGAGUGUUCGUAUUUUUCGAUAAAUUUGUUAACAUUUUCCUCUAAGAGGAAACAUUGUUCCGGUGGAUAAAGUUGAGCAAAAGUCGAAAUUGUAUCCCUAAAAUUAUCCUAGUGCAAUCAGCCAGUUUUUGGUCCGGUUUGAGUAGAGUUUUUCGAUCCUAGAAAGUGAAAGUUAGAACCGGAGAUUUUGACUGUCGUCGAAUGUUUAUUCAGUGUGCGAGUUAAAACAUAAACAUAAUUAUAACAUUAUAACAACAAUAAUAUCCAGAACCCAAACGCAGGAAUCCUAUAAACUAGCUAAAUUUUGAUGUAGAACCCUAGGAUCAAAAAUCAUCAACGUUUCGAUAAAAAAAAACAUCUUCAUAAAACUAACAUCGAUAGAUAUUAAAAUUGUUGCUUGACGCAUCUUUCCAAUUCAUCAACUCAUCGAGAAGCAGACGAUAUAAGUUUUUCAACAAGAAAAAACGAUCGUUGCCAACCCGGGCAAACUCUAUUGAAACAAUAAGCUCUAAAGGAAAAAAAAAGAAAUCAAACAACAAUCUCUAGGCAAAAUAUAGCUAUAUUAAUAUAAAAUCAAGGAAAUUAGUCAAAUUUAGAUUGGAAAAUCGGAAAACAAUUCAAACCUAUUUCUUCGUAGAGGAAACAAAAAAAUAAACGGCACCCCUGCCCUUAAAACUCAACUUUUACUUCAAGUAAUUUAAGCAAUUCGGGAACAGCUUUUUCCUAAAACUUUUGUAAACUUCUACCCCUAACCAAAAUAACCUUAACCUUAAGAGGAGGGAAAAAGCUAAAAUAGGAAAAAAAACAGAUUAAUCGAAAUCAACGCACACUUUGAUCGUUUGGCGAAACUUUAACGAAAUAGACGAAGAAAGGUGGAAUCGCGGUGAAAACGAAACCAAACCAAGAUCUUCCUCCUCCUUCGGAGUCACAGAAAACAAAAAACAAAAAACAAAACAAGGAAAACAAGAACUACGACUAGGAUUUUUUCCUAGAGGGAGACCGAGGGAAAAACCGGUGACAGAAAAUCUCCUAGGAACUUGUUUAGCUAGGUGUGUGAGAGUCGAGAUCAGUCGAGUGGUGUGGGAAAAUCGGCUGUUAGAAAAGCAGAACAAAUCCGAAAAGCAACCUAUCAACAACAGCAACAACAACCAGUACAGCGAAAAAAACCGGAAGCCGGAAUAGAACACAGGAUCUACACACAGCCGAUAGUAAUUAACGGUACGUAAUCUGGACCUAUUAUUGGUGUGUUUAAUACUAGUGAAAAAUUGUUAUCUGUAAUCUGUAAGACCGUAAGGAAAACCCGAUCGCACGGACCCCAAUCGGAUAAUCAAAAAAAAAAUUGUUACAUCACACAAGCGUGUAGACGGACGCACUGACUGACUGCAAUUUUAGCAACAAGAACGAGAACCAAGCAAAUGUCCACGGCCAGUAUGGAUGAUUUCGGGCUAGCCUUCGACGAUAGCCGGCAGACGGCCUCGCUCCUUCCCCCGGGCACCACGACCCUGGCCCAGCUGUCGUCACACUUCGAGGAUCUGGGGCUGGGAGGUGGUGGAGCGUUGAGCCCGGGCGGCAAUGGUGGAAGCACGACUCCGUUGACCUUGGCCAGUUUGGCUGAUAGCCAUCACUCGAGCAAUGCCGCCGUGGAGGAAAUGAUCCAGCAGAACCCGAAGGUUUUCGAUACGUUUGUGGUGGCCAUGAUCAAUGGGCUCACGCCAAAGGUCGAGGAACGUCCGGUCAAGUACAAGUCGCACACCGAGUGCGUACCGGUUCCUUCCUCGGAACAUGUGGCCGAAAUUGUUGGGCGGCAGGGUUGCAAGAUUAAGGCGUUGAGAGCUAAGACGAACACCUUCAUCAAGACUCCGAUCCGGGGUGAGGAACCGAUUUUCGUGAUCACCGGAACGAAGGAAGAUGUGACCCGGGCGAAGCAGGAAAUCCUAUCGGCUGCGGACCAUUUCAGUACGCUGCGAUCUUCCAAGAAACAGGCAAUGGCUUUGCUGGCCGAAACGAGGAAUGUGCUGGGCUAUAGUACCCCGGAUGAGAUUACGAUCCAGAUUCGAGUACCGCAGAAGGUGGUGGGACUGGUAGUCGGACCGAAAGGUAACACAAUCAAGAACAUUCAGCUCAAGACCAACACGUACAUCAUCACGCCGAAACGGAACCAGGAAUCGGUAUUCGAGAUCACCGGACUGCCAACGAAUGUGCACACGGCGCGGCAACUGAUCGAGGAACACAUUGCAACCCGGGCUGGAACUUCGGCCACCAGUAGCUCAAGCAGUGCCAGCUCCAGUAGCUCUAGCAGCAGUAGUUCCAGUAGCUCGAGCAGCUCCAGCAGUAGCAGCUCUAGCAGCGGAGGAUCGAGUAAUGCCGCUACUUCCCCCCAGAGCUCGCUACUAUCGAACGGACAUAAUCAUCAUCACGAUCUUCUGCACGGUUUGGGAGGUUUGAAUGGGCUGUUGGGCGGUGGAAACGGGCUGCAGCAUUUGGGCAACGGCGGAGGUCAUCCGGAUUUCGACACCAAUCAGUUCAUCAACCUGCUGGAGUACUUGAACAACAUGAACUCGACGUCCGCAGCCUUCAACAGUCCAACGACCCCGCCCUCGGCCACCGGAAAUGGAAGCGGUCUGCAUCACCAUCUCAGCCACAACCAGCAGGGUGGUCAGCUAGGGAACAACCUUCAGCAGCAGCAGAAUCUGCACCAUCUGAGCACCGCGGGUCUGACGGCCGGCAGCACCAUCCUGGACAGCGUGUCGGACUUCCGCAAUAUCUGGGAGAAUCUGAGCGAAUCGGGACACGGUUCCGGGGCGGACACCGACAACUCCUCGCUCAUCUGGACCCAACCGUCGUCGUCGCGGAACUCCAUGUCCUACUCGCCGGACGAUUUCAUCUUCCAGCGAUAAGCUGUUUUGGCUUGUUUGUGAGAAUGGCGAAGGAUCGGGGGUGCACGAAAGGAAAGGGAGAUGUUAUUAUCCAAAAUCCUAGUUUGAUAAUUUAACUACUAUUAUUAUUAUUAUUUACAUAAACAUAAACGGACAUACCAAUAGAGAAAGAAAGAGAUAGCGAGCGCGAAACAGAGAGAGAGAGAAAAAGAGAAAGGUGGAUUUGUGUUUUUAUAGAUUUAUAUAUAUUAUAUGCUAUUUUAGUUACUCUCAUUAUUAUAUAAUCUUUGAUAUUCUAUUUGUUUCUGAUUCAAUCGAGAAUCAGUGUGUUCUUGGAGGCAGCAAAACAGUAAAACUUAAACUAAAGAAAAACCAGUUGAAAGCGUGGCGCGAAACAUCUCCGUUGUUAAGAAAAAAAGAUAAAAUGUAAAAGGUGAUUUAUUAUUUUUUGUUUUUAUAAAGUUACGAUUAACAUUGUCCGAGUUUCAAGAAGAAGCUAGAAGCAGAUAACCCUAAUAAUGAUUAUUAUAUUAUAUUUACUUUGUAAAAACAAAACCAUAACAAAAGAUAAACGAAAAAUUAUUGAGUGGUUAUGAUAAUUUGGUUUGUUUAAUAAUUUUUGGUUUGAAAGCACACACAAAUCGAAUAGAAAUUGUGUCGCUGUCUGGCAAUUUGAAAUGAAAAUCAACAAGACUGAGGCCGUUUUUUCCUCCUGAAGAGUUCCAUUUGUGUUGAAUUAUUAUGAUCAUUCGAUUAUAUUCUACUUCCAUUUCGAACAUGCAAAAAACCCAAAUUGACUAUGCCACUGUAAAUUCGAACAAACUUUCGCAUUAGUCAGAGUAGACUUAUGAUAAUUUUCAUCAAAGUAGUCGGUGAAGUUUUCGACGAAAAGCUUAUAUGCACUCAAAAUAAUUUCACUUCGAAUGUUAGUGACAUCCGAAGAGAAUUUUGGAGAUUCCUAAAUUUAAAAUUAGCUGACCAGUCAAGUUAGUUUUAAGAAGGUCAUAAGAAUUUCAAGUCACUUAUGAAAAAAUUAACUGAUUUUACUCUUUGAGGUGGAUCUGCAAGUGUGAUUUUGGGCUCAUUAUGCGUUCAAAACACUGAGACAAAUCACUUAACUUGUUCUACAUGAAACGUCAAUAAAUUUGAAACAUAAAAUUCCGACUGGAAAUUUCCCUCGAAAUUGUUACACUCAAAUAAUUUUUCAACUAGCAUAUGGAACUCAACGGAAAUGGACCUUUAGCAAUUAGACAAAAAAAAACAAAUUCCCUCAAAACAAAACAAAUCAGAAGCACAAUCGUGAGGGUAGAAAACCCAUAACAGUGUUACAACUUCAGUAGCUUCGUUUCGAUCUCAAAAAUCAUCAACCAGGAAAGCCGUGUCUUCGAUUCUUGGAUAUUGAGAACUGCGGCGCAAAACAAAACAAAAAAGCAAACAACAACCAAUCCACUAGUUUUUAGUUUAGUCUGAAUCGGAUAAUAAAAAUAUAACAAGUAGGCAAAAAUUAUAAGUUACAAAAACAAAAGACAAACGCAACCCCAUUGAUUUUAAUUUUUAAGGAAAACGCUCUCGCUCCCAGUGAGAGCGAGUGAAAGACACAGAGAGUUAAAACAAGUUUUUUUCUUUCUUUGUUUUACCGAAACACGGUCAGUAGAGAGAGUUAAUUCUAGUUGGAGAGAGAAAGAGUAAACAGAGAGCGGCGAAGGCGAAUCAACCUUUUUAUGCCACUUGUAAUAUAUACUAUAAUAUAUGUGUUUUGAAAGAAAAUAAAAUUAAAAAAUUAUUAAAAAUAAAAACAGCAACCUAACCAGAGGUAAAAAUCUAAAAUUGCUAUGUUUGUUCCCGAAUUUUGUUACAGCGUAGUAGUGUUACAUUUAUGUGUUUUUGUUUAUGAUCCUUUAAGAAAAAGAAGAUGAAAAAAAACGAGAGAAAGAAACCUUUUGGGAAAAAAGUUAAGAAGAAUUUAAAACUCAAAUUUGGAACCGAUAAUCACGCCACUAGAAACUGAAACAGAGAGAUUAAGGAGAAAAAGUCGAGAAAAGCAUUGAUGCAUUUAAGGAUAAGAUAAAAAGAAACACAACCUAAUCGAAUGUGAGAUAAAAGAAGCAAUUUUAGUCCUGAAAAUCACUCUUUCAAAAUAAAAACAAAAAAAAAUCACACUCACUCACACACAUGACAACAUUCUUAGAAAAACAUUCACGAAUUCUCACGCCAACAACCAAAAACAACAACAGCACCAUAUGCGAAAUCUUUUCCUGUAUUUCCUUUGCAAAUGAGAGCGCAGGCGGGAAAAAAAAUGGGGAAUAGAACUCAAACUCACACCAAAAAAGAGAAAACACACUCAGCAAAAAUGCGUACUAGAAGUCACUUGCUGAACUUUCUAAAAAAAGUUCGUUUCAUUCGAAAAAAAAAACGAAUAAUUCGGUUUGAACUCGCAUGAAUGACUUAACAGCAACCUACUUAAGGGUUGAGUUUGACGUCGGUGAAUUUGGUUGCAAACAUGAAGAGAAAAAACGAAUAUAUGUAACUGGGAAACGUGUAUGUAUAAUUGGAGAAAAUUGAAAUAAGUGAAAUGAGGUGAGCAAAAAAAACACAACCUAGAAUUUAUCGUCUGAGGAAAUAAAAACGUGAAUAUAUUGAGAGCGAAAACAGAAAAUAGAAAUCAGAUUAAAAAAGUAACAGAAAGUAAUAACUAACGGAAGUAAAAAAAAAUACAGACCUAUUGAUAGGAAUAAAAUUAUUUAUAUGAAAGUAUAUAUAUAUUUAUAUAAUUAUAUUUAAUUAUUAUUAUCGAUGGAGUAACGUAUAACUAGUAGAGAGCCAGAUGAAAAAACAUUUAAAGCAAACUCGACUCAAACAUACACAGACUUACAUACAUAAACACAUACACCCACAUACAAACAUACAUGCAGUUACACAUACACACACAGAAAAAUAAGAAAACAAAACAAAGAAUCCCAAUUUAAAUGUGAAAACAAAUAAUUGAAGAGACUAAAAAAACAUUUGUGAGAAGUAAUCUAAACUUAAAGAGAGGCGGUGAAGAGACAGUACGCAAAAUUUAUUAAAGUAUAAAGUUAAUGUAGCUUCGUGUACUCGAAUGCGAUUAAUAACUUGAAGAAAGGCAAAAGGAAGGAAAACAUAGAAAAGAAUCGACUAAAACAGAAUAAACGAAAAAAGAGAAGACAGAGAAAAGGAGAAAGAGAGAGAGCAGAAAGUACGUUGAGAAUUAUACCGUACGAUAUUGAUUUUAUUAUUAUAAAUUAGAAUUCUAUAUAUAUUUAAAUAAAGGUAAAAUAUUAAAGCAUCAGAAGAGGAAAAAAGCGGAAGCGUGAGAACAUGUGAAAAUAUUACUACUAACCGAAGCUAGACGCUGCUAAAGUAUCAAAAGACACGAAAAGCAUCAAAACACACUCACACACACAAACGAAACGCUAAUAUUGUUCACAACAUAUGUAUUGGUAAUAGAGAAAGAUAGUUUCAUAAUUUGUUCAUUCGAUUGAAAGCACCUAGGGCACCUUACUUCCUCCCGCGUCAUUCAAAUUUUGACAAAGCUAUUUUUUAGCAAUUCACAAAAUUCGACGAAUCUUUUCAGAAAGUGGUGCAAAACAUGUAAGCUCAUAAAAAGUAUCGAACCAAUUUCAAACGACACACAUGAGGAGGAUAAACAAAUACAAAGCAAAGUAAAGCAAGCAAGUAAAUGAAAAGAAGAAAACGAAAAAAAUACAAUGGAUUAUAUUUUUGUUAGCGCUUUUAUUUUUAAAACGUUUAAAAGUUUAAUUUAUUUUCAUAUAGUUUAUUUUUUUAAAUACAAACAAGCAAACGAACCGAAAAUGGGAACGUGUAUUUACGACGUAUGUACGUGUAUCUGUGUGUGCACACCAAGAGACUCUUCUAACUGAACGAAAGCUAAUCCUAAAGCAAAGUAAACAAAAACGUAAGAAAAUCAACUACUAAGACGAAUUAAAAAAAAAACAAGAAAUAUUGCAAAGAAAAGAGUGAAAAUAUUAUUAUUAUUAUUAUUAAAUAGAUAAAGUAGUAGACCGUAUGCGAUAAUAAUGAUAUUAUGUUACAUUGAGAAAUAAAAGGAAAAAAAAGUAAUAAAGCAAACGUAUUUGAAAAAAAAAAAAUGCAACAACGGAGUAACGAAAUGGGGCGAAAAUGGAAAGAAAGUUCGGUAGAAAUUCGAACGAAGAUUGGCAACACAGUAUCACAGUUCAUGAAAGGGCAGAAGUUACGACGUCAGAGUCAGAGGUUUGUUUGUUCGUGGUUUUGAGUUUCCUCAUUUGUUCGUGUUCUUUCACCUUGUUUUAGUUAUUAUUAUUUUGUCGGUCUAAAAGUCGAUGGUGAGUUCGAAGAGCUUUCGGCUUAUUGAUCGGAACUCGCGGUAAAAACUGGAAGAAAAGCGAUGUUGAUUGAUUUUUUAAAUAAAAAAAAAGUGGAGGCAUAUGUCAUUUGAACAAUAGAAAUGAAUGAAAACAUCGGUUUGUGGUGAAGACGAAGAUCAAUUGGCUAAAGUAAAUAAAGCCUUUCUGAUGUCAUCUUUUUGAAAAAAAAAAUAGAUACAGCUGUUUUUUACAAAGUGAUGAAAAUUCUAAAAUUGUUUUAAGAUAAUUUUUUUGUCUUUAACCUCAAUGACAACAUUCAGUUUAAAAAUCCCUUAGCAUUUGGAGUAAAAAUGUUGAUUACAUUUGUUGUUUGCACAGAAAAAUGUUACUUUUGGUGGCGAAUCGUAAAUACCGACUAAAUACCGUGGAGAAGCCCGACUAACUCGUUAGUGAGCAACUCGACUUGACGGGCUUGGAUUAGUUAAGAUCAAUCUGCGUAGAUCAUCUGAACUUCAAGUUACGUAGAAUCAAAACGAUGACGAGGUGAAAUUUCGCUAGUCACGUCACGUUACUCGCAGAAUAAAUCCUAUUGUAGAACUCUGCGAAAAGAUCCUUGUCGUGUUUGACUUUUUAUGCUAGUCGACUUUGUCAGAUUACGCUCCUUUCCAAAAUUUCGCCGGUGGUAUGUAGUAUCACAGAGAGACUCAUUGAAAAGAAGUGAAACUAGAGUGUAUCGAAGUGCUUACAGCCGGACACCAGGUAUCAAAUCCAGUGAACAGCCAUUAUGUUCUCAAAGGAUUACGGCGAUCAAUCCAGGUUGGAGCCUUAAAAAUUUGACACUUAAGGUGUAUUUAUUUUACACUCCUACCUUUUUUAAUAGUUAAAAGUCGCCUCCCCCCAAGAUGUUUCUAAAACACCUUGGACAGACACUUCGCUGACGCUUUUUUAGUCUGAAGUAGCGGGUCCUAUGUAUUCAACUUCUAUGAAAUCCAAGGUCGGUCACACUCCGUUUAGUUCAUUAGUUGGAAGCAAUAACGCUCGAGAACAUUGCAGAUGCUUUUUUUAAGCCUGUUUUUGCACAACCGUGCGCUGAAACAUAGCAGGCACCAUUUUAGAGCCAAACGGGUGUCGCUGUCGGGAGGCAACUUCAAAUUCCUCCAAACGAUCAAUCACUGAAAAAUUUCCGGCGCUCUCGUAAGACCGAACGAGAGCCUGUUGGAUUCAUUUUGAGCAAAAUUCUUUUUCUAAGAAGAUGAUUCCGAAAAACCAUGCCCUGAAACAUUGCAGGCGCUGGUAUGAGGCCAAAAGGAAGUCUCUGUAUUCGAUUUUGGUUUAAUACUAAGUCCUACUUCAAUUGGUUCAUUAGUUAGGGAUGAAUCAUCCUUCGGUAUGAAAAUCCCGAGAAAAAGAAAAAAAAAAGGUUCAUUAGUUGAAUAAUCAUAUGCUGAAACAUUGCUGGAGGUAUUUCAAGGCCAAACAGCAAUCUUUACCGUUUGUUUCUUUUUUUUUUAAUUUUGAACAUCCAUUCGCUAAAACAUGCACCAUGUUCCAGCAAACCACAACGAGAUGGCUGACCUUAGCUUAGCCUUGCCCGCAGAAAAGCAACCUCAAAUUCCUCCAAAUAAUUAUUCGCUGAAAAAUUUCCGGCGCUAUGGUAAGGCCAAAUGGGAGCCUUUUGUAGAAUUCUACUUUUAACAAGAUGUUUUGGAAAAACUAUGCGCUGAAACAAUGCAGGCGCUGGUUUUUAGGGCCAAACGGAAUUCUUCUGUAUUUGAUUUUAAUUCAAUGCUAAGUCAUACUUCACUUGGUUCUGAGCAUACUUGGUUGAAUAGUUCUUCUGAAUCAAAGCAAACGAAAGAUUCCCUUAAAUUCAACCACUGUAUGAGAAUAGUUCAGAUUUUUUCGAUUUCGAAAACGCUCACUGAAGAAGAUAGUAAGUUGCUAUCGAAAUACUGGUAUCUGAACUAUUGUUAUACCGUGUUUGAUUUAAAAUGAAUAUUUUGAUUGCUAUGAUUCAGUCACUUGAUUUAUUAUUUGAAUAACCAUAUGCUGAAACAUUGAUGGAGAUAUUUUAAGGCCGAACAGCAAUCUUUACAGUUUGUUUUUUAAAUUAUGAACAAUCAUGCUCUAAACAAUUGCACCAUAUUCCAGCAAACUACAACAAGAUGGCCGACCUAAGCUUAGCUUCACCCGCUUGAUAGCCAACAGGGUGAUUGACAUCGACGCCUGAAGAAUUGACCAACCCAAUGCGUUCCGAAAUAUAGAAAUGACCUGAACUUCUGCCUAAAGACCGGUCAAAACGCGGCUGUCUGGUGCUUGCUCUCUUUUCCAGCAUCAAUCAACAACGCAAUCGAGGAAAAACGCAAAACUAGAGCUGGAAGUGCAUCAAUCCGUCGGCUAAAACCAGGAAAAUCUGGACUUACGCUCUUUUAAGCAGAUCUCUCGCUCAAUUCGCUCUGGCUUGAAGUGUUCACAUGGAAAUUAUGAGAAAUUAUCUGUGGAAAAUAGUGUGAUCAGAUUGUUGUUCAGAGAUCAAAGCGCGUUUUUGUAGGCUUGCGAUUAGAACGUGUCGUGGCAUUGGCCAUGCAAAACUUCUACCCUGAAGAUUGCUCUAUGUCGGUUAAUUCUCUUGUUGAAGACCAAUGAUAGCUAUAUGCUAAAUUCAAAGAUUAGUGGUUUCAAUGGUAGAGUAAAUUCUACCUGUGAGUUCACAACAAACAGUGUAUUGCUCUAGCGAUUGCUAGUUCCGCGUCUCUAGGCAAAUUGAUGAAUUCCGAUUUUUUUUCUGAUUACAGUAUAGACUUCCUUGGAAAUGCGUGUUCCGUUAUGUUUCGCCACAAUCUCUCCCGUUUUAAGUCAAAAUUGCAGAAGCAUCCAAAAAUUGCCGAAGUUUGUCAUAAACCGCCGAAAGCUACCGAAAAAUGCCGAUGGCCAGCCACAAGUUGUUGAAGACCGCCACAAAUUGUGGGUAAAGAGAGACAUGUUCGACACACGGGAUUCUCUUCACAGCCUAUCCCUGAGAUAAACCCCUCUCAGUAGGUAGCUUCAGCUAAUCUCGAUCUUGGGCAGUCCGUCGCUUCAUGGUGACUCUGGACUCUGGAAUCGGCAGGAAGGUGUGGUUGGACUUGAUGCCCUUCUAGGUCGUCAUCGACCGUUGAGGUUUCCUUCUGUGUCGAUUCCUGAAACCAAUCAUCUCUCUCUUAUGGGAUAGUUACUGAUGAGUAGCUCCCGCUAGACUUUUCUUCUUUAAUCUAAAUCCAGUUUGAAAACCUAUGAGCAACGUGAAAAAUGUCAAAAAAUUGUUUCGAGAUCGAUCCGAGUGUGUCUCGAUUGUCGAGGAAAGUGAUAGGAAAGACAUCAACAAUUAUCGCUGAAUUCCAGCUUUGUAUUCGGUCGCCAAAUUGUUUGAUCUUGUCGUGUUAUAUCCCUUCUCGUUUUGCAAGCUGCUGUUUUCCAUCGAACAACAGGGUUUAUGCAUAUGCGCUCUGCGAUCACGAACCUGUUGACUUUCACGUUUGCUACAAGAAAAAGCUUUGCCAAGGGGUCUCAAACCUAUGGCAUUUAUACCAUGAACCACGACGUAGCGAUCGCUAAACUGGCAACUAUUGAAGUCUGCGGUUCUGAAUUGGUUUCCUGGCAGUUACGUGACAGUAAGGAAGCUCACGUUCCAAAUAACUAAAAUAGUUUACAAUCAGUUACCUGCUCCAUCUGGAGUGCCUCAUGGGAGCUAUUUAGGACCAAUGAUAUUUCUGAUCUAUUGCUAUUGCUUCUUGACGGACCUAAACCAGCUUCUGACGACAGUUUGAAACACUUCUGCUUUAUGCCUUUGAAUCGUAGUAAAUGUGCAUGGAUCUCGUUCUCACCUUUUCACUUGGCGGCGAAGCGAUAGGCCAAGUAGACUACGUGAAAGACUUCGGCUGGACUUCAAGAUUUAAUUCUAUCAUCGAAAAAGCCUCUAGAUUCCAGAGUCUCAUUCUCCACUCGACCAAAACAUUCAAAGACGUCUAUUGCCUGAAGAGUCUUUACUGUAUCUUUGUCCGGUGGAUCCUCGAGUACGCUUCUACUAUCUGAUGUCCCUACUUUCGAAAUGGCUCCGGUCGAAAGUAGGCUCUAUGAAAUACACAUCAAAGGCCUCAGGGUUGAUACACACACAGCAAAAAAUAAUGUAACGAUGGACGAUGUAAUUUCUGGGGAUUACGUAUUUCUGUUGCAAUAAUACAUCUAAAUGAUGUACACAACGUGAAUACGUCGUGAAGUGUAAUAUCAAAAUCUUCUAUGUAAUAUCGCAUCAAGUAGUCAAUGUCUUCCUUUGUUGACGUUGGAAUUUGAUUUCAUUUCAAAAAUAAAGAAACGGAUUAUGGACCUCAGCUCUAUUUGUUUGGCUUGUAAGUACUUCCAAAAUUAAUUAAAAAUAUAAGAAAACCCACUGCUUCAAAGCAAAUUUCAUUAUUUUUCCAUUUUUAGGAAAUUUGGCCCAUACGGAUCAGCGGUACGAAACAAAUUAUUUGUCUCCAAACAGCCGGGUACAUCAAGACAAUGUAAAAUUAGGUACCAUUUGCGACUCAAGUUAUGUGCAGGUAUUUGAUGUAAUAUAGCAAUACUUUUUUUGCUGUGCAGACUUCUACUGUCGCUGACCUGCCGACUUCAAGAAUUAAUCGUCCUACAUUACUAGAAGAACUUCAGCUCAACGUCCGACUUCGAGGACUGAGAAAUCGGACUCGCCAGCUCGGACACAACAAUUACGGGGACUGUUUGGACUUUAAACCGCUAUUCGGAGCACUCGUCUUGAACUGUAUUGGAGGAACAAUUGUAAUUUGAUCCUUUUCAAGUUCCGCUUAGCGGAGGCUCCUUUUUUAUUGAAUUUUUUGGUCUAACACGUACAAUUUUUACGGGCCAAACCCGACAAUACGCUGAUCGACUAUCUUGGACUAAACCCGGCCUAAAAAUUUCAUCUAUUUUGGCCCAAUCAGGUUUUGAAUGACUUCCUUUUGCCUUUCGGGCUUCGAAAAGCCUCUUUCCUAUUUUUGUUUCUUUCGGGUUUACGACUUCGACUAAUCUCUUAAUAAUAUGCUUAGACAUUUUUUUUUCUUCUGCCACCAAUAUUUUUUGUGCCUUUCGGACUUCAAUAAGCCUUUCUAGACCAAUCGUGCUUCGUUGGGAGAAGCCUUUCCUGAAGUCUCCGUCUUGUGAUUUAACCUUCCUGGAUUUCGAACGCUUCGAUCUAAUUCGAAAAUUUUGCCAACACUAGCUGUCAUCACCAACCAGGACUAUCAACGGGCCUCUUCGAAAGUUCUAACUAGCAACUUUCUCCUCCGAAAGCUUUGGGGAAACCAUCAAUUUAGGUGGUACUCAAUGGAUCCAAAACUAAGCGAUUCCUCCGAAAUUCAGUUUAAGAAUAAACUGUUGUUUUAUUUAAAGAUCGUAUGAGAUUUAUAAUUGAGCUGUUCAUAAUUAGGUUAUCACAAUCACAAUUUCACCAAGAAAUUGCUUUAAAUUUGUAAAUGACACGUUUAGAUACUUGUUCCUCUUUUUUUUGCAACUUUUGAUCAAGCAUAAUUAGAAGUACUUUCACAAACUCUCCUCUCCAAUCAUAAUGAAAGGAAACCAAAAAAAAAACAGUCGUUCAAGAGCUCAAUUUUAUAUGAAACAACAAUCGCUUGAAUGAGAGAAAGAGGAAAACAUGCAAAAGCAACCAAAUUGAACAAGAAUCGUGUUAGAGAGGAAAGGAAGUUAUGCACCAUUUUAAGAACACAGAGAUAGAAAAAAAUAGUGAAAAAAUUAACUUAGAAUCCUUAAAACCGUUUAAACGGUUCCUAGUGUUACAAAUGUGUCGUUUAGACACACUUUAUAGAUUUUUAAAUUUGUUUGUUCGGUUAUUCGUUUUAUUCUUAUGUUUUUUUGGCUCAAAGAAAGGUCAAAAAAGUUUUCUCAUAAAUUGGAGCCAUUAUUUUGAGUUUCAUUUGUGAACUUUCAUUCCUAAUUUUAAUUCCAUUGUUGUUUUCUCAACACUUCCAUACCCAAAUCAAUCGAGGAUUUGGAUAAGAAGCAUACCAAAUUUCACAAUUCAGUUUUUGGAUCCAAUAGAGUCUAAAUUUAAGACACGAUCGUCAAUCGCUAGAAAGACAAAAAAAAACAAACUAUCCAACAAAACACAGAAAAAAACAACCGAGAGACUUAAAAACAAGACGAUUCAUCGAUUAAAAAAGAAGAAAAAAAAGGUCAUCUUGAAUCGAAUCGCGUGAGUAUGUGAGCGUUGAUCGAACAAGUUGCGAGACGAAUAAAAGAAACUCAUACAUCAACAACUGUGACAAAAUCGAGAGGAAAAAUGAACACAUAAAGUUAAAAAAAUAAACUUAACCAAUACAGAGAAAGAGAGCGAGAGCAGAGCAGAUUUGCAUUAUAUAAUAUAAAAAAUAUAUAUUAAAGUAAAACUACAGAAAGGCAUUUAUAAUAGAUUUAUAUUUGGAAGACGCAGAGAGGCAGAUAUGAUAUUAAACAAAAUAUUUAAAUAAAAAUAUAUUAUAUUAUUAUUGAAAAGAAAAUUAUUUGAUACCGAAAAAUAAAAAAAAAAUCCACAACACAUCAAUCGCGAGAAGGUUCGAAAAUGAAUAAGCUUCCGAGCUGUGCGAUUUUGGCGAAUGAUGUGGAAAAAAAUAUCGAUCGACCAUUAUCGAUCAAUUCAGAUCGUAAUAAAUUAUAGAUUAAAAAAAAAAUAUGAAAAAGAAGAGCAAAUCAGAUAAACCAGAGAGAGAUAGUUCGUACCGGAAGGCGACGUUUAUGUGUUAUUUUUAUAUAUAUACUUCAAAAUGGUAUUUGCAUCCCAAGUAAAUAGAAAAUAAAGAAAAAAGAUUCAUUUAUCCGAGAGUAAAGCAAAUAAAUUAAUUAAUAAAAGAAAAAAACCACACACGAGAAACAAUUGACUGGAAAAUACAUAAGUAAAAUAAACUGUUGCAUGCAUUAAGAAAAAAACAACACAUUAACUCAAACAUCAUAACCUCAUUCCUUGCAUAGCGAAAAAAAAACAAACAAAACAUUACUAAAAGUUUCAUGUCAUCCCACGUAAAUACAAUACAAAACAAAAAAAAAACAUGUGCGUAAACGAUAUUGAACUUAAACAUUCAAAGCAUCCAUUAAUCAUCGUCCCACUCAUUCAGCAACAAGAGAUAUAAAGAAGAAAAAAACAGAGAGAGCGAGAAAAUUUGUAAUAAACACUAAAGCAAAAUUACUGGAAACAAACUCGAGAGAGCGAAAACUGAACAAAAAGCGGCUCGAGAUGUUAUCAGAUAUAUAUUAUAUUUAGAUAUCAAAAGGAAGAAAAAAAAGCGAAACAUUUUUAAUCAGAAUAAACUGAAGGCUCUA